GAUACUAAGGGUAAAUACGGACAGACACCUUUGCUUUGCGCGGCUCAGAAAGGCUAUACUGUAGUCAUUAAGCUCUUGCUCGAGACAGGUGAGGUAGAUGCGGACUUGAGAGAUGAUAUCGGCCAGACUCCGCUCUCGUGGGCAGCUCAAAAUGGCCACGAAGUAGUCAUUAAGCUACUUCUUGCUACGGGCAAGGUAGAUAUAGACUCGAGAGAUAUCUUUGGCCAGACUCCGCUCUCGCGGGCCGCUGGAAAUGGCCACGAAGUAGUCAUUAAGCUACUUCUUGCUACGGGCAAGGUAGCUAUAAACUCGAGAGAUUAUAAAGGCCAGACUCCGCUCUCGCGGGCCGCU